CUGUAUCCUCUGGAGAUGUUCCGUAACCCUUAUGACACCGACUGCAUCACUUGGUCACCCCAAGGUCGUAUAUUCCAAAUCGAGUAUGCUAUGGAAGCGGUGAAGCAGGGAACUGCUGUAGUAGCUCUCAGAGGAAAGAAACACGCGAUUUUGUGUGCCUUCCGAAGGAGACAGUCUGAUCUCGCCUCCUACCAGCAGAAAAUAUUCCGCAUCGACGACCAUAUCGGUGUUGCUAUAUCUGGCCUCACUGCUGAUGCCCGUGUAAUUUGCUCCUUCAUGCGUGAUGAGUGCUUAUCCCACAAGUUCACUUACGACACGCCGAUGAGCGUCGGAAGGUUGGUCAACAAGAUCGGUGUUGAAUCACAGGAGAAGACCCAGGUGGCGAGUAAGCGCCCCUACGGUGUUGGCCUUCUGGUUGCGGGUUACGAUGAGAACGGUCCCCACAUUUAUGAGACAUGCCCUAGUGGGAACAUCUUCGAGUAUUACGCGAUGGCCAUUGGUGGUCGCUCCCAGUCUGCCAGAACUUAUCUGGAGAAUAACUAUGAAGGUUUCGAGAAUAUCGAGGAUCAGAAGGAGCUCCUUAUGCAUGGUCUCAAGGCUCUAGCCAAGACACUCCAGGAUGAUGCUAAGCUGACAACCGAGAAUUGUAGCAUCGCCAUUGUGGGGGAGGACUUACCUUUCAAGGAGCUGAACACCGAGGAAUUGCAGAGUCUCAUCAGCAAUCUAGAUCAGACCCAGGCCGAAACGAGUGGUGCAGCUCCUAUGGACACAUCUGAGUGAAAAGUGAUGACCAGUAAAUACCGGUAGCUAUUGAUUGUUACCACUGAUUGUUGAUGAACCAUAAGUUUCAAAACAUCGCCAC